AAUGUGUUUUUAAUUCUAUGAUCAUAAUAACCUAAAAAAAAUUAUAAAAGCCAAAGCGAUGGAAGUUUUCAAAGAUCUACCCUCGAACAAAGAUAUCACGAACGAAAAAAAAACCCCGAUUUCAACAACGACCGGUCAGGUUAUCUUAGGAAUAACAGGAGGGAUUGCCUUAGGUCUCACACUUGUAUCUUCGUCUUUUGUGAGGCCUGCUUUUCGCAAGUAUUGUCUCCCUUACAUACCAGCGACAGAUGAACAGAUUAAAAAUGUUUUGACAGCCUUGAAAAACAGAAGGGGGCUCUUAUUGGACUUGGGUUCGGGAGAUGGAAGGAUUGUUAUAGAAACAGCAAAGAUUGGGUUCACCUCUCAUGGUGUUGAAUUGAAUCCAUGGCUUGUUUUAUACUCAAAAUAUGAUGCUUGGAGGAAAGGACUGGGCAAAAAUACUGGUUUUUACCGGAGAGAUUUGUGGAAAUACGAUGUUUCCAAGUAUAACAAUAUUGUUAUUUUUGGGGUAGAACAAAUGAUGGAAAAUUUAGAAAAAAAACUUAUAAAAGAAUGCCAGAAUGGUAGUUAUAUAAUUGCUUGCCGAUUUCCAUUGCCUAUAAGAAAACCGAUAGCUACUAUAGGCUGUGGUGUGGAUACAGUAUGGGUAUAUACGAUUGAAAACAACAAACCAUCAUGAAUAUAGUUGAAUAUUAUUUAAAAAUGCAUUUUUAAUCUUC